AUGAACGACGCAGCACAGGAACCACCAUCCAUGCCUCUGCCCAGGCCAGUGGGAUCACCUCCUUCGGCGAUAAUCAACAUGGCCCCAGAUGAAGAAGCCAAAUACGCCUUUCCUAUGGGCCCGGACCAGAAUGGGGACUUUGGGGUUGAGGACAUCGACUUGUACAUCCACCCUCUUUAUACCUAUACCGAUAUCCUGCUUACCCAUGUUCUGACAUUUUCUAGGUCCAUGAGUUCAAAUACGAGUACAGGCUUCCAAGAAUUAUGCCGGCAAUUCCAUCUCCCCCGCUAUGGCUCCAAAGCCGAGCGACGGGAGCGACUCAUCCACUUCAGCAAAGGUGGAAUGGAGAAAUGGAGAUCUAGCUUGCUUCUCCCAGCGCAGAUUUCUCACAAAGGCGUUCGAAGUGGUGGUAUCACGAAAGUGAAGGCAAGAAAGCCAACUCAACGACGUGCACGCCUCCUCAACGCAAAUGCAAGCCAGCCAUUGAAUACCUCUCCAGUGGGAUUUUCCAUUCAACGCUCGAAGGACACUUGGACUCAGGCUGAGGUUGACGGGAUCAUACCAUGGUGUCAUCGCGUGCUGGCGAAGAUUGCCAAUGCUCUGCCGCGAGUCCCGCGCCACACCCAUCUGCCCGAGCGGAGGGUAAACAACAUGCCUUAUAGAAAACCCUCAGACUCAGAUCUGCUCAACAACCGGCUCUUUGCCGAGCGUGUUGCUGCCAUUGUCGAGGCCUGGCUGGCUGCCCAUGCAUCAUCGACUGACGUUACUACGGCCUCAUUUUCUCCAUGUCCCUCAGUUGACUUUGACACCACUAGCCUGGGGCUUACAGCUCAUUCUGUCAACAUUGUUGAUGAUGUGGAUCGGCCUGAUUUGCCCACCAUACCAUUCAAAGAUCUUACCCUUGAGUCAGCUGCUCUGCCCUCCAUGUCUCCGCCUCCCCAGGUGAUGGCCUGUCCACCUCUGACUGAACCCCUUGGCACUGCAGCUUCUGAUGCCACGUCCAGCAGCUCCAAAUUAUGUGUUUUACUGUUUGCUGAUGGUAGUCGCUUAUGUUUCAAUCAAAGUGAAGUUCCACCUACGACACCAUUCCGAUAUGCAUCAGAUAUCCAAAAGCUUAUUGCCAGCUGGGAUGAUGGCAGCCCCGAGUGGAAUCCUCCUAGUGAUCACCUGAUAGCGAUCCGUGGACAUGACAUUCCUGUCAGACUCUGGAAGGAAUUGUACUGUUACAACAGGACAACAGGGGAUGAAUGGAAACGACUGAAGAAUGAGUGGACUAAUUGGCAGGCCUAUCAGGCUCUCACACCAGACGUGUUCUGGGCUAAGUACUCAGAUACUCGUGGUCAAAGGCUCUCAUAUUCUCGAAUCUCUACUCUCCUUCUUGCUGACCGAAAGCAGGCUGAUAAAGAAUUAGCCACAAAAGCAAAGGCUGAGUAUGGUGACAGGUUCGAACAUGAGUUUCGCCACAUAAAGAAGAAGGAGAAGGUUUGGGUUGUUAUGAAAAAAGAUUGUGAUAUUGCACGUCAUUACAGGAAGAAGAUGGCGAAUGCGAAGAGGGAUUGA